AUGACUGAUCUCGAGUCCGGAACGAAUUCUGGUUCUUCCAGCAAGGAUAACGUUCAUGAGCUGUACGAAUUGAGAGACGAAUCAUCCCCACUGCUAUACUCACACUCAGAGGAACUACCAACGGUUGUAGGUUGGUCUAAGAAUGUUGUUAGAAAUCCUAAACAGAGGUUUAUUGAAUAUACCACUUCGCUAUUCCCAAUAGCUAAGUGGAUUCUACAUUACAACUUAACAUGGGCCUAUGCAGACAUCGUGGCUGGUGUUACAGUUGGUGUUGUCAUGGUUCCACAGUCCAUGUCAUAUGCUAAGUUGGCAGGACUACCUGCUCAGUAUGGUUUGUAUUCUGCAUUUGUUGGUGUCUUUAUCUACUGUUUCUUUGCAACUUCCAAGGAUGUCAGUAUCGGCCCUGUUGCUGUGAUGUCUCUUGAAGUGUCGAAGAUCAUCACAAGAGUUCAAGAUAGAAACCCAGAUUUGAGUGCUCCCGUCAUUGCUACAGUCUUGGCCUUCAUCUGUGGUUGUAUAACCGUCGGUAUGGGUAUCCUGAGAUUGGGAUUCAUCUUGGAGUUUAUCUCUUUACCUGCAGUGCUAGGUUUCAUGACUGGGUCAGCAUUCAACAUCAUUACUGGUCAAAUCCCAGCGUUGAUGGGAUUCAAUUCCAGAUUGAACACCAGAGAUUCUCCUUACCUUGUGGUGAUCAACAGUUUGCGUAACUUACGCCACACAAACUUGAACGCCGUCUUUGGUCUUAUCCCAUUGGUGUUGCUAUAUGCCUGGAAAUAUGGUUGUAGCUUUGGUGAAAAAAGAUACAAGAAAUGGUCAAAGGUGUUCUUCUAUCUACAAGCGUUGAGAAACGGUGUCAUCAUCGUGGUGUUUACCUGUAUCUCUUGGGCUAUCUGUAGAGGAAAGAGCUCCAGUGAUCGUCCAAUUAAAAUCUUGGGAACCGUGCCAUCCGGUCUUCAAGACGUGGGUCUUAUGAAACUACCACCUGGUGUCAUGAGUGACAUAGCUCCCGAAUUACCAGCAGCAGUGAUCAUCUUACAAUUCGACAAGGUGUUUGAUGAAGUUCAAGAGAAGACCAGAAAGGGUAAGCUCAAACCAAUUACGAAUAACAUGGAGAGACCAUGGAACGAUCCUGGUCCUUUAAGAUUGCCUUGGAAAAAGAUUGAUCAAAAUGCAACCAAAAUUGAAGACAAUAGACCAGUUCUUAAAGUUGUUGCAUUCGAUUUCAGUUCAACUCCUCAAGUGGAUUCUACAGGUAUACAAACUUUAGUAGAUUUGAAGAAGACUUUGAACAAGUAUGCUGACCGUGAAGUUGAAUACCACUUUGCUGGAAUUCUGAGUCCGUGGAUCCGUCGUGCUUUGAUCAAUGCUGGUUUCGGUGUCGCUAGAGAUGAUGGUGCAGUGGGUGCUGCCUCAUAUUACAACGUUUUGGACGAUAGUGAUGCAGUAUUGGGAUACUCUCCAGCUUUGGACACCAAUACUCCAUUCUUCCACUUGGAAUUACCAUCUUUUGACCACCACGGUGCUGCUACAGAGUUAGAAGACCAAUCUGCUGAGAAGAACUAA